AUGUCCCAAACAGUAACAACAAUCUCAGACUUACACUAUGGAUGUCCGGGAACAGCAAUACAAGUUCGAAUAUUGCGAAUGUGGACACCACAGGUAAGAAGUCAGGAAACAUGGUUCUUGGCUGUUGAUAGAAAUGGUGAUGCCAUCCAAAUUUUAGGCCAGCGAAAAGAUCAAGGAUAUCUCCAAUCUGUCCUCAUUCCCAGUAAAUGCUAUACAAUUGAAAAAUAUGCAUGCGAAAUCCCAAACCGAUAUAAAAAAUGGCUGGAUAAUGAGGUUUAUAUAGUUGUUGGAAUGGCGUCAUCAAUUACAUCUAUUCCAGACACGCGUAUAAUUCCCGCACACUGGUUUAAUUUCAUAGCCAAAAAACAAAUUCCAUAUUAUGUUGAUCAACAUGCAGAAUUUGUUGGUGUCUUCAGCAAACUUAUUAGGUGUACAAAGAAAGAUAAAGACCCAUAUCUGUUACUGAUACUAAAGAAUGAGUUGGGUGACGAUAUUGCAAUAAGUUUGUGGAAAGAAUGCACCAAUAUACCUUCAAAGUUUGAUGGUAUUGCUUUGGAAAACACUGUUGCUCCUGCUGUUGUUGCUAUAAGUAGCAUAAAGAUUUCGACCUAUGCUGGCUCCCUAAGACUUGGAACAAGCAGUGCAACUCACUUAUACAUCAAUCCACCAAUUCCAGAAACAACACUUCUAAUGGACAGUUAUGGUGCGUUUACUGACUCAUCUGUAGUUUUUGACGUCCCAACACCAUUAGGAGACAUAAUACAAAAAAGUCAUCCUGAACUCCUGGACAAAACUUUCACUACAAAAGCUGCCAUAACUGACUAUGUGUUCUCAAAUUGUUGGUUCAAGCUUAGUGCAACAAUUACAGAUGAAAAUCAUUCUAUAACUGCUCUGCUCUCUGAUAACGCAACACAAGACUUAUUCGGCUCAACAUUCGAUAAACUUAUAUCAGAUGAUGACAUAAACCACAGAGGACGAUUACCUCCAAUUGCUACUGUUGUACAAGGAAUACCCAAAAAAAUGAAACUUCGUAUCACAAACACAUCGACAGAUAACAACAUUCACUUUAUGAUUACAAAUAUUGAAAAAACACAUCCUCAGGAAACAGUAUGCGCAACAACACCAAUAACAGACCAUCCAUCACCAUCAAAACACACUGAAAAGGACUCUUCUUCAAUUCCCCAACACAGUAGACUGAAUGUUAGAAGAUCAUUACCAUUUGAAAACCAAGAGACAUCAAGUACAAAACGUAAAAGCGCACGCAAUACAGAAUAA